ACAACUAUAUCCGAACCAAAUUCCCUCCUUCCUUCGUUUUCUUCUGUCACCCCUUUCUCUCUCUUCCCGCUUUUUUUAAUCCUCUCCUCUCUCUCAUCUUCUUCUCCUUCUCAAAAUCAGAUCUUACUCUUCUCUUCAUCUUCCCCUCAAUUCCUCCAAUUCCAAUUUUCCACUACAAAUUUCUCAUCUUCACCAAUUCCAAUUCCAAUUCCUAUUCCUAUUCCUCUAUCCCAAAACCCCACAAAAAGAGGGUUCGAUCGAUCUCUCAGUCGUUCAACCAAUCGGUACUCUCUGAGUUCAGUCAUGUCUACUUCACGAGCUUCGAAUAUGCCGACUGAGCCGAUCAUGCAACAGUCACAGCAACAGCCAUUGAAGCGUCAGCUUCCAUUCACGCCGAUGAAGCCGCCUUUAGGAGACUACUACCGCUUUUCGCCCUCAGUUGUCGAUAACAGACAGAAGGAACCUGACGCAAUCGUGUUCAAAUCUCCCCCACUAAAGAGGAAGAGUGAAACGGCAGAUCAUGAAGCUGAAUCUAGUGAUCGCAACCCCAGCACUGGAUAUGCUGAACCUAUUAGCAGCCCUCUUCAAACACCUGUAUCAGGAAAAAGGGGAAAGGCACAAAGAGCGCCAAGGAUUGCAAAAUGCAAUAGAGCUGGAUCCCAAACUCCUGUGGCAAAUGUUGGUUCUCCUUCAGGCAAUAAUCUCACUCCAGUUGGUCCUUGUCGCUAUGAUAGCUCCCUAGGUCUGUUGACAAAAAAGUUCAUCAAUCUCAUCAAACAUGCUGAAAAUGGUAUUCUUGAUCUAAAUAAAGCUGCUGACACAUUAGAGGUACAAAAGAGGCGGAUAUAUGAUAUUACAAAUGUUCUUGAAGGAAUUGGUCUCAUAGAGAAGAAGCUCAAGAAUAGAAUUCAAUGGAAGGGACUUGAUGUGUCAAGGCCAGGGGAGAUUGAUGAGAAUGUUGCUACCAUACAGGCAGAAGUUGAAAACCUUUCCAUUGAGGAACACAAAGUAGAUGAACAAAUAAGAGAAAUGCAGGAAAGGUUGAGAGAGCUGAGUGAAAAUGAAAGAAAUCAGAAGUGGCUAUUUGUCACUGAAGAUGACAUCAAAGGCUUACCUUGCUUCCAGAAUGAAACCCUGAUAGCAAUUAAAGCUCCACAUGGCACGACACUCGAAGUCCCAGAUCCGGAUGAGGCUGUUGAAUAUCCUCAGAGGAGAUACAGAAUAGUGCUCAGGAGCACAAUGGGCCCCAUAGAUGUUUACCUUGUCAGUCAAUUUGAGGAGAAGUUUGAGGAGAUCAAUGGUGAUGAGGCAUCCCCAAGUAUUCCUUUGACAUCAGGGUUUGAUGGAAAUCCAGCUGCACCAAUGGUAACUGAAGAAAGCAGAAAUGACACUGAAAUGCAGGGUCAAGAAGAUCAUAGACUAUGCUCUAAUAUAAAUGCCUCACAAGACUUUGUGAGUGGGAUCAUGAAGAUUGUCCCAGAAGUUGAUAGCGAUGCAGAUUACUGGCUUUUACCAGAUGGCGAUGUUAGCAUUACAGACAUGUGGACAGAGCCUGGGGUUGAAUGGAAUGAGUUUGGUACAAUUCAAGAUGACUAUGCAAUGGCUGAUGUCAGCACACCUCAUCCCCAAACUCCGCCUUCAAGCACAACAGAAGUGCCUUCUUCUGCUAACACCGCAGGCAGAUGAUGAGAUUAGGUGAUGAACUUAACUCACAUACGCUCAGGCAUGGUGUCAGUAGGUGACAUUAGAUCAAAUCAUCUCUGUAAUACCCAUUCAAGCCUAGAAAAGCUCGUGAGCAGUGCUACUUAAUGGAAGAAAGGAAAAGAAGAAAACCUUGUGCGCAGAGCUGGAUCGAGAUGGGGAAAAAGGCAGGUGGCUUACUGUACAGUAUAGUAAAAGAUGUGCAGCAUAGUAGGUUACCUGUGAUAAUUUGCUUGGAUACUCUCCGUGAUAGUAAUGAAUAAAUAGGUUAUAUUGUUUUUCAAAGUUUGCCCCUGUAUAUUAUUCCAUUUCUUGGCUUUUAUAAAAUGAUUAGCAUGACAAUGCAACUUUUUAGGUUGGCUCUGGGGAGUUAUGAACUAGAUCUAGUUUCAUAGUUUGUGUACCUUCGUGUGAUAUGAUAUGCAUCAGUUUCACAUUA